UGCUCUUCGACGAUGCCUGAGCCAGCGAAGUCCGCUCCUGCCCCGAAGAAGGGCUCCAAGAAGGCGGUGACCAAGGCGCAGAAGAAGGACGGCAAGAAGCGCAAGCGCAGCCGCAAGGAGAGCUACUCGGUGUACGUGUACAAGGUGCUCAAGCAGGUGCACCCCGACACCGGCAUCUCGUCCAAGGCCAUGGGCAUCAUGAACUCGUUCGUGAACGACAUCUUCGAGCGCAUCGCGGGCGAGGCCUCGCGCCUGGCGCACUACAACAAGCGCUCGACCAUCACGUCCCGGGAGAUCCAGACGGCGGUGCGCCUGCUGCUGCCCGGGGAGCUGGCCAAGCACGCCGUGUCGGAGGGCACCAAGGCGGUCACCAAGUACACCAGCGCCAAGUAACCGGGGAAUUAGUUGCAAGUUCAAACCUAACGGCUCUUUUAAGAGCCACCCACAUUUCUUAGAGAGCUGCUGCUUGUCUAUCAUUUUGGUGUACUAACGGGUCUGGCUAAUCGUGA